AGCAGGCUCAAACCAUGCCCCUGUGCUGUGACGCACUGACUGCCAGUAAACCGAAGCAGGUGGGACGAGGGGGCUGUACUUCCAAAGAGCUCAGCCCCAAACCUAACUAGAACGUACCCGGCUGGCAGAGUUAAACUCGAGGCUCGACGCCCAAACAAGAACGUUUGACCAAAGAGGAAUGAAUCGUAAACAGCGGCUAGUAGAGAGGGGACGGUUUCAGCUACUGGUUGGGAGACUGAGAAGCGAGACCUGCCACGGGAAAAUACUCAUGGCAGUCAACAGCGGCGAAGCGAGUCGGUGCUCCAGAACGAGCCUCAACGUUCGCAGCGACGGAGAAGAAUGCCCGACAGCAUCCACAGCCAUUACUACAAAAACACGGGGUCGGAAAAAGACGGGGAAUAGUCCAUCCGGAGGAAUGGUAUUACGAGGCAAAGAAAACACAGCGAAGACUCUGGGAUCCCCUCCGCGAAGCAGGACUAAGGUCUCCACGGAAAGGAUGGAGGAGUGCGUGUCCUCCACUCACGAAAACCCCGCUAUUAUAAUGGAUGAGGACAGCAAUGAAAUCUAUCCAGUCGGACAGUUCUUUGGCAAUCUGGACCAUCUGCCGGAUUAUCCCGAGCGGCCCAGCUCAACAGAGGCGGUCGGCAGAGGAGAGCACAGACGGCGGCACUACUACGCCAAAGAAGAAGGCGAGGAAGACGAACCACAUUAACACAAACUGGAGGAUACUGAGCUGGAGUUGAUGGCACCGGUUCGUUUGACACGACAUACCCGUGCUUGGAAUUAACACCGCAUAUCUGGAGUUUCAAUCAUAAAUAUAUUUACUACCAGCACAGCACGUGGGUGGAACUCUCGACUGACAGCUACAGCCACGGUCCAGCUGCCGAGCAUGGCGUGCGCGUGCCAAAAACCACUCAUGUUUGAUGGAUCUCUCUCUCGUGCCAUGAUCUUCAGCUCAAACCCAGUUAUUUCUAAACCAGCUAGAGGACACUUUGCCAAGUUGUGUGUGUAAUCUGCACUUAAACCUUUAAUCAGCCUCGGAAAACAAGAAGGAAUUGUGUUGCAAUUCAACUGAUCGUCCAAAUGGUAACAUAAGCUGUUCAUAUAGUUAUUUUUAAAUAUUUAUAACAGAUAAUAUUUACAUACCCGUUCAGACCAAAUGCGACUUAAAAGAGCCCUCCUGAGAGCCAUAUAGCACUGCGGUAGCGUCCCCAUGAGGACAAGGGUUUGGGGUUGUUUCUCGAGCCCACUCCCCAUCUCUCUCCCUCUCUCUGUCAAAGGAGACCCCCAACAUAACACUUUAAUAAUAUAAACAAAAAGCACCGCCUUCGUUCAUCUGGUGUCUUAAGCGUUGGAGGUAUUUUUCUAGAAGGACUCAGAUGAUUUAUAAUGUUUGUUAUUUGGGAAACAAUGCAAUUCUCCCGAACACCUCAUUUGACCUCAUUGAAAAAAGUGUGGCAAGUUGUGUAAUGCCAAGAAAGACGAGCAGCUAAUCCAAUGCAUGUUUUAUUUGUAUUUUUUAUUUGAUCAUUUUCUAAUUUUGAAAGAUGAUGUUGCAGUGCUUUUAACUAUUGUAUAGUAUCCCUGACUUUUAAGUACAUUUUAUUGUAUAUAAGACAUGCACUAAUAUUUCUAGUUGCUAGAUAUAUAUGGCUGUGCAAAUGUUUAUUUUUCUAUGAAAUCUGUGUACAUUUUGAAAGUGCUAUUUCUUGUCAACCAGAGGCCUUGGUUCAAAACAUGCAGCAUAGUUGUUUAAUGUGAAAUGUGCAAGAUUGCCACCAUAACAUAAUCGUUUAUAUGCUGCAAUGCUUGGUUAAUCCAUCCACAAGUAAAAAAAAAUAAUAAACCAUUUUUAAGUUUUA